AUGGAAAACGAUUUCGUAAAGCAUUUGGAGGCGUUUGUUACAGCGAAUAAUGAAGAUUUUCCGAGGAUGAUUGAUUUGAAGACUUUCCUUCACGAUGUUAAACCGCGGGCUUUGGAGGCGGCUGAAGCGCAUGACAAAUUCGUUUCUCAUCCGGUGAAUGGAGUUUUGAUGAUUAAAAGGUUUACGUCGGAUUGGUUGGAAAUUGAAGAGAUUGUGAAGAAUAGUAGUGGGGGAUCAGGUAGGUGGGAUUUACAAUAGAGGGAGGUAGAAAGCAGGAGAUAAAAGAGGCUGGGAAGGGAGGGAGAAUAUAAGAGGGCCACUGGGUCACAAUGAUCAAAGACUCACCUCGGAUUGUUUGGAAAUUAAUGAGAUUGUGAAGAAUUAGUAGUGGAGAGUCGAGUAGGUGGGUGAGGAAGGGUGGUGGGAAAUAGGAGGGAAGAAGGUUUACAGUUUUGCAAUGAUCAAUCUGGUUAUUUCGCUUUGGCAAUAGACUGAUAGAUUUAGAAACCAAGAUCACUUUAUUUAUACUGGAUAGCUCUAUCAGUUCCAAACUGUUUUUUCUAGAGGUCCACUGAGAAUUACCUCUUUUUGAACAGUACUAGUCUAACUAUACAAAAUAUAAUUAAACUAAUAAACUAACUCAAUCUAUAUACACUACUUUGUCUUCACUGUUUUCCCUAAGAAUCCAAUUUGAUCCAUCUGGUAUUGUUGUUGCGAUCACCCAGUCACAAUUUGUGAUGUUAAUAUUGAAUUAUUGUUGUUUGUCAUGUAAUAUUAAUAAGCUUAUAAAAUAACAUAAAAUAAAAUAAUGAAAUGAAAAUAUUUCCGGGGAAAAUCUAAACUUAACCAACUUUAAGCAUACUGGAAUUAUGUUUUUUUAGUUUUAUAAUGUUUUAAUUGUUUUUCUCCUAGACGUCCAGCAAGUGUUUUCCCUUUUAAUCCAAUGUUACUACAGGAGAAACUGCACGUAAAAAUCGCACAUCUUGUCAACAAGAUGUGUUCGCACUGCUUGUCCCCAGUUGUUGAAAAGAAGUUGCUAUUAUCUUGUAAUAAAGUUGAUGAGGCCAAUAGACUCGCAACAAGUUGUUUCAACAAGUCUAGUAGCGUCUGCACCUAAAGUAUAAGAAUUUGUUAACAGGUUGAUGACAACAAGCUCGUACGCGUGGCAUAUUGUUACAAACAGCCUGCAUUAGUUUUGUUUGGACAACUUGUAACAAGUCUGCUACUGUCAUCAACCUUGCAACAAGGUAAUGACGACUUGUUCAAGACUUAUCACAACAACUGGGAACAAGCAGUGCGAACACAUCCUGAUAUCGGCUAGACAACAACCUUGUUACAACUUGUUUGCAGAUCUACAAUAGCUCGUGCGUAUCUUAACUCAUUCAUUUCUAGAGCUCAGCAAGAGUAUAGACCUCCACAAGCCUCUCUUUCCCGAGUACGAAGAUUUGGUUGGUGCAGUUGAAGGACUGUUUCGGCUACAAGAAAUUUAUCAUCUACCAGCACGAGACAUUGUCGAUGGUAAUCUUUCCCCGAACUAUCCUCGCGCCACGAUGGAAACAGAGGAUUGUUUUCAGGUUGGAUUGAUCGCAUAUCAUGAUAAAGAUUUUGAGAGAGCCAAGGAAUGGAUGAAGGAAGGCUUGAGAAAAUAUCAACCGAAUAUCUACAGUGCUUAUCUGUCAAGAAGGGUUUUGCAGGAGUUUAUUGCUUGGUGUGAAUACGAGGUGAGAGGUUAGAUUAUCCCUUGUGGUGUGUUAUUAAAUGAAUUCUAAUUCAAAUCAUUUUGUAAAACCAAGCUAGGAAUUCAAGUAACUUUAUUAUGUAAUCAAUAAGCUUAACCCUAGAUUCAGGGGCGUAAAUUCUGAGAGGGGGUGACGCCCCCCCCCCUAAUGUUUGAAAAGGAAAUUUGUAGGAAAAUAUAUUAAAUAUUCAAUAAUGUGUUAGACAUUCAAAUUAUGUUGAAAACGAACAAGAAAUCCUAAACGACCAGUUUGAGGAAUUUCAAUACACGUCGUUUUCGACCAUCAGAAUUCGGUAAAAUCUUCCUUCAGAGUGCUGUGCGUUUCAGAGACUCUAAAUUUCACAAAUUUAUGUGGGAGCAUUCACCCAUACCCCCUAGUGGUCUCUACUUUUGGCACUCAAUACAAGUUACAGUGAAGUUACGCCCUUGUCUAAGUUAACCAAAAUUUUAAUUCAAAGCAAACUUCUCAACAUCUUGUUAAUAAAUUUAGAAAUAUUUCUUUUGAAAUCUUUUGUCUGGAUCAGUAGGAAUGUUCUUCUCUGAAGUUUUGAAUAAUACAUUGAGUUACUGUUACAGGAGAAAACCUUAACCAAACCAAUUUAUAUAAAUAUAUAUCAUUCCUGUUAAAACGUUUCUUCCUGUAUGUCCAUUGUUUAGUGUUUUAGUGUCGCUGCUAUACACAGGAGGAAACUAACUAUAUCGUUAUUCUUCACACGUAGAAACGUACGCACAAUUUGUAAUGAACCUGCAGCAUGCACGCUUGUACCUGAAUGCCGUUUGAAAAACUUGUUACCUCGGGUCGGUACGACACCGAGGUCUUAAAUUCGGCUCCUAUUUUUUUUUUAAUUUUUUUUUUUAUUGUUUUUCAUUUGUGUCGAGCCGCGCACGUAGUCGAAGAUCGAAGGGCCUGCGGAGGAGAUAACAUCCGGUAAAUAAGUGUAAGCAUCGGCCAAAGCGAAACGGAACGCGAAGCUGUCCUUGCACAAAAUCCAUCAGAAUUGUUGAUUUAAAACCAGAAGAUGUGAUAAUUUUGACAUACAUGUUUAGCUGGACAACUAUUCUCGAGUAUAUGUUGAUAUAAUGCACAAUACUUCGUAUGCAUAGCAUGGGAAUACCGCGGCCAACUUUCACUUGUUAUCUAUUAUAAUUACUGACCCGAAUCAAAAGUAAUUAUUUUCGGCUGGAAGACUACUGUACGUUGCUGCUUGUCGGGACCGUAUGACAAUGAACCUAUCCAACGUUACACUAGACAUUUGUGAGGACAUGCAUAUAGACAUAACCAUAGGCACUGUAGUGCAUUGUGAUAGAACAGAUUUCAGUUUCAUUAAUCGCCCUAAAUUUAAAUCUCCACAAGCGGAGGUCAAUUAUAGUGUUCUAGUUUACAUAUCAUUAAUGACAAGGUUUACUCAAAUAGCGUAUUGGAUAAACACGGGAAUAGAACUUAUGGUGUACAUGUAUUCUGCACAUGCGUAUAUCUAGGAUAAAAUCCCACAAGCGCAAACGAAACUAUUUCUCUAUAAAAUUGAACUGAAAAGACUCACAGCGACCGUUUCCAACAGUGCUUCAGGCACCCGACGACACCGUAUGGGGGGCCUUUAGCACUGUCACCUUCUCAUCUUGGGAUGUUCACGUUAUCGCGUGUACAUGUCAGGGUGACGAAGAUGCAUUAUUGCUAAUAAUGUCUGUGUGCACUGAUGCACGCUGCAUUAUUUUUAAUAAUGUUGUGUGCUAUUUUAACGCGUACAUAGAAUAUGACGCGUAUAAACAUUUACCCCUGAGCCGGAAUUUCCCUAUACAACCAAAAAGGCCGCUCCCGUUUUUCAGUAGAACGUUAAAUGAAAACUUCUCGACAUUCGCUGAUAUAAUGCAGAGAGAAAACAAUAGAUUUGAUGAGGGCCAGUAAUUAUUAUCAAUAGAAUAUUAAAACGGAGCUUUGAUUAACUGAUUCACCAUUUAUACUAGUGUACUAUUAAACUAUCGUGAUUUACACAAUUUUUGGAUAUUUACCAGACGAUCCCCUAUCCACCGACCCGAGGUUAACGCCGAGUCGGCGUCUUGUUUUCAGGAUGUGUUCGCGCUGGUUGUUUCCAGCUUGUUGACAAGCCGUCAACAUGUUACACAGUUGUUGGUUAACUCAACAGUUCUAGCAACGUCCUUGUAAUUCAACAACUUGUUAACAGGUUUUGACUGUGAACCUUGUAUAGCAGCUUGAUCACAAAAUUGUUACAACUUAUUCCGACAAGUUUCCUACAAACCCGUUAGGAAGACACAUGUAUCUUGUUGAGAAGAUGUGAAAUUUUAUUUACGUGUGUAGAUAGCUCUAUCAGCUUUAAACAGUCUUCUCUAAAGGUAGAGAAAGGUAGAUACUGGGGCGCCAUUUUCAUUUAAAUCUAUACUAUCUGUUUUAAUACCUAGACAUCCAAAAGAUUCAACUUGCCUGAGGUAUUUAUACGUUCCCAAAUUUAGUCCCGCGUUCCCUCCCUUUCAAAGGUCGUUUUGCCCAUAAACUGGUUCUGAUGAAGAUGAUUUUCUCUCAUACGUAAAUAUACGUAUGAUAGAUACCAUGCCCACCAAACAACUAAAAAACAAACGUCCCAUGCAUUCACACCUAUACUCUAUUUUUGUUUUAGACUGGCAAUGUUUCCGAAGCAUUGACAAUAACAAAUGGAAUAUUGAAAGAAGGUAGUAGAUGUAAUAAGCUUAAAUUUCAAAACCUUGAUGAACUUGUAACUGCAGACCAGAUAUAGCUACUAGAGAGUGGGAUAAGACGUCAGGGAUAAUGUUGUAUAGGAUAAUUCAUCAGGACAGCUAGGAAGGAUAUUAUACAGAUAGAUGAUGGGUCUUGUAGAUGGAAAUUAUUGAGUAGAAAUUUAUGCACUAUUUAAAACACGCGUAGGAGUGUUUUAUCAUAUUUAAAAUGUGGGCAGCACGAGCAUUUUAGAUAUGAUAAAACACGACCACAAGUGUUUUGAACAGCUUCAAACACGACUACAACUGAUGCCGUCCAUUAGUAUUCUUUAUAAAAAGAAUACUAAUUAGGAUGAACUUUCAUAUAAAGAAUACUAAAGAAGCUGCGUUUUAUCAGGUAUAAAGCCUCUUCACGUGAUAGAUAGAUAGAUAGAUAGAUAGAUAGAUAGAUAGAUAGAUAGAUAGAUAGAUAGAUAGAUAGAUAGAUAGAUACUUUAUUUAACAUUCAAAAACUCAUUAAUAAUUCAUGAACCAAUUAACCAAUCUUGAGUAAGAAAUUAGUCACGUGCAUACGUCUUUAUACCAGCUAAAGAACACUUUAAUAAAAGACCAUUGUUAUGCAAACUAUAUAAAGAUUUUUAUAUAAAGAUUUUUAUAUAAAGAUUUUUAUAUAAAGAUUUUUAUAUAAAGAUUUUUAUAUAAAGAUUUGACUUAUUAUGCAUACGUUUUUGAAGCCAUUUAAAAAACUCGCAGGUCGUGUUUUAUUAGGUCUAAAGCCACUCGCGCUGCGCGCUCGUGGCUUUAAACCUAAUAAAACACUCCUGCUCGUUUUUUAAAUAGUACAUUAUGGUUGACAUGAUUUGCCAUGUUUGAAACACAUUUAUUAGACCUAAAAUGCGAAAACUGCGAAAAAUGCAACUACAGGUCCCCUGCCAGGAACCUGUAGUUGGUCAAAUUGCCCGAUUUGUGAGUGGAAUCUGCCCGACUGAAUACUCGGUUUGGAGGUUUAGUAUAGUUAUCUAAACCAUUUAUGCAUCUGCCCUAGAACCAGAUUACGAGCACGCCAAGAAUAAUGCCGCUUUCUUUAAACGUGUGAUUAAAAAUAAAGAAGUUAAACCAAAAACCAAGAAGGAAAAUGCUCCAUACAUGAAAAGAUACAGCAGUCUAUGUCGUGGACAAAAUAAUAAGGUUGGAGAACAUUUAUCAUUAUUAUUUAUGUAAAAUAAUUCAUGGUUUCUGAUUGGCUAACAGCCAACUGUGAAAUCAUCAUAGCAACUGAAUGACGUCAUAAAGUUGAUAUGACACAAACACAUGAACGUUAUGACGUCAUAACAUUGAUAUGAAAAUAUUGUAUCAACGCUAUGACGUCAUGCUGUGAAAAUACCAAUACGAACUAUAGAAAACACGGCCAAAACAAUACGGUACCGCUUUUGGUUUAAGGAAAUUUUUAAGCAAAUUUUAAAAUAUCAAGAAAAAAUAUCAACGAAAAACAGCCCACAUUAGUGGAACAUUUUUCGAAAUGUUGAAAUUCACUAUCAUCUAAAUGUAAUUGUCCAACAUAUUUCGUGUUUUAAAAUGGAAGAAUUUCCUCCCAUCUGUUUGCUCAACUUACGUUUUCGAUUUGCCCAGCUGCCCCCUCCCCUGCCCCUGUACGCUAAUGGCUGAGAAACAUUUCAUAAAAUUAGGUAUGAUCUGUAGUCCAGAUAGAGGACUAACGUAUUAAUAUUUUUAUUUUAUAAACUAGACGGCAGUAGAGCUUGCGAAGUUGACAUGUUACUACGACCAAAGCACACCACAACUGGUCAUCAAACCAGCGAAAAUCGAAGUUCUCAAUUUGGAACCAAGGAUUGUAAGAUAUUUCAAUGUUAUUACUGAUGAAGAAAUUGAAGCCGUAAAGUUACUUGCAGGUCCGAGGGUGAGUGCAAUCCCGCGCAAAGUAUAGAGCCUCGUUUCUGUGAUUGAGACAUUGGUUUUAAAGCCCUUUAAUAACUCCUGUUACUGAUGAUAUAAUCAUAAACAGAUCGUUCAUAUUCACUGAUAUAACUGUACAUGUAUGGUUUCGUAAAUAUGCCACCCAUAACCUAUCCUAAUCACGAAAACGAUGCUAUAUAGCCGAAGACUGAGGCUAUGUGCACACGGGCGUCGUUUUCGAGCGUUUUCAAAAACGUUUUUGUCCCUUUAAUCGCUUUGAUGCCCUGUUCACGUGGUUCAAAGGAAAAUAUCUCCAAUAUAUUAAAUAAACUACAGCUUCAGUCGUAAAUUAAUAGUUUUCGCAUCCGUUUUAGCGUGAAAACGCAAAUGAAAACGCUCGAAAACGUUACCGUGUGCACGUAGUCUAAGUCCUUACCGGAAGCCAGGGUCUAUUAAGGAGGUUGUGUACACUAUUAAGGAGGUUGUGUACGUCUUUUUACCCCACGUGGAGUCGGCCAGGAGGACUUGGCUACUCUUAGAGUAGUUAAACUAAGCUAUCAAUAUAUAACAAUCCAAUACAAAAACGUCUACUUUCCCUCUGCGGAACCAUGGAGUAAUGCAAGCUAACCUCCAACCCCAGUUGUCCGAUAGACGGCAAAUUAUUUUAUCCUAGUCGACAAAUUGUUUUCCAAGUUGAAAAAAUAUGAAUUGGAUAGGAAGGGGAAUAUUUGAGUAAAACUGAUAAUUAUGGCAAAAAUUGGGCAAAAUUAGGGAAACAUUAAGCAAACUGAACGAGAAAUGUUACGUGAAGAAGAAAGGUAAGGAAAAUGAAGAUUUUUACCUCGUUCCGCCCCCCCGGGGCAAAAUAUCACAUGCAUAAGGGGAUAGUGCCGCCCUUGCCCCUAACUGGACCUCCAUGGCAAGUAUAAAUGUAAGUCAUAUAUAAUUGUUGUUUUUAGUUACGUCGAGCAACAAUCAACAACCUUGCGACAGGCAAACUGGAGUUUGCCAAAUACAGAGUAAGCAAAACGUAUGUAGCUGUUUGA